AUGGCUGUCUUGUUGGAUCGUGAAACUGGCAAACGACUACGUGAUCCUGCCUCAACAGUGAAGGGUCUUGUCUCGACAAGAAAGAUCAACGUGGAAGCAGAACUUCUACAAUCGGGUACCGCUCAAGUCGAUACGGAGAUUACACAAGCGCUCGAUAAAUGGAUUGAGAGAUUGAAUUUUUUAGAGAAAGAGAAGUUGGACGCCAGCAAAAGUCAACAAGAAAUCAAUAAAGAAAUGGCGGAAGCGGAACAGCGACGUUCCAAUUUACUCGUAUCUCAAGGUGCUAAAAGACAAAUGGUCGAUGAAGAGGAGAAAGGGAAUACAAUUCAACAAAUACGUACUAAGAAAUCCAAAGGGGUACAAAGAACGGAAAUGCUGGAAAAAGAGAUAGAAGCGGGACAUGAAGAUACAGAAAAGUUGGUUAACGCAGUCAUGAAUAUGGGAAACCAAAUGGCGGGAGCAAUUCAAGAUCUGGCCAACCGGCCCCAAGUGGGGAAGGUAGAGACCGAAGCGUUAGAGAAUAGAUUGAGUUUGUUGGAAGCCCAGAACGUAAGAAGAGAUGACAUACUAUCUCAAAUACUUGGGCAUGUAUCCAAAUUGGCAGAAAGAAAUGAAGGAAACUAG